AUGACAAGCACUAAUAUCCAAGACCGUGAUUCAAUCACUGAAGCAAAUCAGAUCGAGUCUCCACUUCUGCGCCUUCCAGCUGAAUUGCGCAACAAGGUCUACGCUCACGUCUCAGAUACGGUCACCGUGACAUACUCACGAUCUCUAAGCGUGAAGAAGAGCGGAAACGUCUUACUCUCAAUAUGUCGACAAGUGAAUCAAGAAUCGAGAGCUUUCGUCGACUCGCCCCGAGUGCUAUCGAUGCCCUCAGAAAACAUAGUGAGCUUCAUGCAGUUGGAAAGGCUGCCUGAACUGAACCCUGCUACGCUGCAGACCAUUGAAGUACGGUACAUCCAAUUCUUCUGCAGCAUGCGCUACGGCGUAAGCUUUACGUUGAAAUCUGAAGGAGUGUACGGCUGGAAUAAUGUGGAACAAGUGAAGCGCAAGUUCCCCAAUGUCAAGCGUCUGGGCAUUUUCAAAGUCGUGUGUGAAGACCGGUUCUGGGGUAUCACAGAGGGGAACCCAGAGAUGCUUCGCGCUGCGAGGAAUAUAUUCGACAAACCAGACUUGGAAAUGGUUUUCGACUGCUAG